AUGACUGCUUGUACUAAAGAAGACAGCAAGAGGCUUCUCUUCAAAGACAGUGAAAUGCCUGAAGGUUUUCGAGAACCAUUUAUCAGAUCAGCAUACCGACGAGCUUAUAGUACACCUUGGGAGUGUGUUAAGAGUUUGUUCUACAUUAACAACGAAAGCUUUAACGUUUGGAGUCACGUUUUCACCACAGUUUUCUUUGUAAUACGCUAUUCUACUACUGCUCUCACCCAAACGCCUCAUCUCUUUGAUCCAUUUAAUUUGCCGCUUUUUGCUUCUGCUAUUGGAACGCUAAGUGUUUAUUCCACCAGUUCUGUGGCGCAUCUUUUCAACUCCAUAUCUGAGUGCGCUUACAAAACUUGCUUUUUCUUUGACUACGCAGCCAUCAGCCUGUAUACUUUCACAUCAGCUCAGGCCAUGUUCUUUUACAUUCGUCCAACAAACACCAACUGGAUCAUCUUUGAGAUACCCUUCAUAUACUUGUGUUUAGCAGCAACUCUUUCCUUCCUUGCAACUUACAGCUGCUGUAAGACUGGAGCCGAAGUAAACAAAUUCAGUACUUUUUUCCGUACAAUUUCGGUACUUUUAGCUUGGUUGAAUAGCACCUCACCCUUCAUAGUUGGCGUGACACUCUGUAGUUGUCACGCAAGUAGCACGUCAUGCAUGGCCUUCUCUGCAUGCAACAGCGUAUCUAUUAGUUACUAUUUCCGUCACGCUUUUUGCAUUGUUGUGGCAGGCCUGAUGUACAGUACCAGGUUACCGGAACGCCUUCUCCCAGGACGCUUUGAUCUGGUCGGUAACAGCCAUCAUUUUAUGCAUGUCUUGGUUGCCUUGAGCACAGAAUUUGCCUUCAAACUUGUUGAAUUUGAUAUCAAGCAUAAGAGGACCUGGAGACAGCGGGAAGGCGUAUGGGCAGACACAACUGCUGACGUAUCUUUCAUCAACACUGUUGGCGCAGCUGUGAUAGUUAUGCUUAUUAACGCGGGAAUUGCAUUGUGGUUUUCCAGGUCUCUCAAGAGCAAGGAAAGUGUACAUGAGAAGUGAAAACACGCAGGGGUACAGUCGAUCAAGCCUGUUCGGGGGCAUCCACACGAGCAUAGUCUAAUAUGGUUUCUAGUGACAAGUGUAUCACUAUUCUCUAGGAAUAUCGCCCGCUGUUUAGCGCGAAACGUCCCCAUCGACGAAGAGCGAGGAGAAACGGAUGUUUUCGCAGGAUACCCGCUGUUAUACUAUUCCUAUACUUUCAUUCAACUAAACAGGGACUACCAUUGGUUGAUUCUUGCUCAGAUGGCCUUGACUAAAAUCAAAUGUAUCCCGAUCGUGAUACAUUUCAGCAAUUGCACCCCGCUCGGGAUACAUUACUGCACGUGAUCAAAGCAUGCUAGAAAGUGGCGCGAAAGAAGGCGGGAAAAAUACCGUCUGCCAGUUUUAAAUUUCGUGAAUGAACUCAACAACACGAACAUAAGGCCUCAAGGUAGUAACGAUUUUCAAAGUUAUCCCGGGAGAGAAACAGCAGCUAGUGGAGGAAAAAUGCAUAUAAUAUAAGGAAAUACUUUGUAAAUCAUUCAUUCAGUGGUUUUGAGAAUUUGUGUUCUUAUAAGUACCGAGUGGACUGUUUUGAUUAGCUCCGGUUAUUCUUUUGUUGCUGUUGAAGUGAAAGUCUAGAAAUAUAACAAACACUUAAUGUCAGGUCCCUCGAGAAACCAGUUGGUGUUGUUUUCCCUCGAGUCCUGAUGUUUCCCUCGACUUCGUUUCGGGAACAUCAGAACUCUCGGGAAACCAAAACUAACUUUCUCUCUCGGAAUCUGACAUUAAGUGUAUAAUGUCAGGUAAUCCAAGACAGGACUAGAUUGUGGAUUUAAAACCGCGGAUUCCGGAUUCCAAUCGUUAGUGCGAUUCCGGAUUCCUUAAGCUGUAUUCGGUGCUUUAAAGCUUAGGGUUCCAGAUUCUGCAAGCCAAAAUUCCCGAACUCCGGAUUCCACAAGCAAAACUUUCCCAUUUUCCGUAAUCUGGAUUCCCUUGUAAGAAGAGAGGAAUAGGUUAUAAUCAUACAGUCCUAUUACAAUAAAUAGUGAACUUACGCAACAGGACGGGAGCCGGGGGAAAGAAGACGGCAAACCUUGUGUGACAAGCGUGACAAUAAUUUUAUUUGAAACGACUUUUCGCCAAACUUCACUUUCCUUUAAACAGAUCUUUUUGUAAAGGGCCAGAAAACCUUGGUGUUAAGUGAAGAUCACGACAAAACCCACAAGUGAUAGCCCUGUCACGUUUGUCACACACAGCUGUUUUGCCGUCCUCUUCUUCCUGCCGUUCUGUUGCGUGAACUCACUAUUCUUAGACAAACAGUAGGGUUAUUAGCCUUAGUUUGCGUUGCUGUUUUUAAAGUACAGAAAUUGCGUAGAUGCAAGACUCAGAGGAAGACAAUUUCUAAACACUAUUAUAGUGUUCAUCGACGUUGUUCCGCAUUGUAUAUUGGAAGAGACAUUACAUUACAGUAUAGCUUGAACAUUUGAGGUAAUUAACUGGCUUUAAUUAAAAACGUUUUUUGAAGGAACUGCAUGAUUGAACGUUGUUCUUCAGCAUGAAAAAAGAAAAAUGGCUCAUCGCAGAUGUAUGUAAGUUUGUUUGGGCUCCAGUAGCCUAUGACUGGUCCUCAUAAUUUGUUUUUAAAUGCAAAUGCAUAAUGUAGUUAUUCCAGACUUGAAGGGCUUGAAAUAUUCAAUAUAAAACAUUUCAUCGGUGUUGUCAAAUCAGUGUCAGUUAUUCAAAAAAAAAGAAGAAGAUAAUAAUAAUAAUAAUAAUAAUAAUAAUAAUAAUAAUAAUAAUAACAACAAUAUUAAGGAAAGUACUGUUCCUGUAAGAAAAAGGAAAAGAGACACCUACAAUCUUGGACAAAAAGUGUUAAGAAUUUUGCUCUUUCCUACACACAGGAGACCUACUCUGCGAAUUUGGCACCAUGGUGACCCCUCCCCCCACCCCUCCCUGGUCAAUGUUGUUUAGUAGGCAGUAAAAAUGUUCGGGAGUGGGGGGGAGUAUCUUGAGUGAACCGAGCUUUAGAGGGAAGUAUUUUCACAUUACACAUACAACGUGCAUUUUUCUUAACAUUUUUGUCCAAGAUUGUAGGACCCGUGGUGACUUGUAACCCACUCCCAAGGACUAUAAACCAGCCCGAACAUCCUACAAGGAAUGGACAUAAUAAAAAGAAUAAUAAUAAAAAUAAUAUUAAUAAUAAUAAUAAUCACUCAACAGUACUCCAAGACUUGGUUCUCUAAACUUGAAACUUUUAAAGAUGAUGAAGCUUUCCCAUCAAAUAUCCACGGCAUGCGGGGGCGCCGGAAACAUCUCACUCAAUUUACUAGCUCAAGUAUGGUAUAUGUGCGCACUUUCAUUCACUGGCAUGCUUGUGUGUGCAGUGAACUACAAACGUUGCGUGUUCACUGCGGGUUGUUCGACCUUGUCAGAAUUGGUAAUUAUUUGUUUUGUGUUGUAAAUAUUGAUGAAGGUUGAUGAACAAGAUAUGUAUUAAAUUGCCAAUAAAUGCGUGAAACCGGCAAACACGUAACCACAGCAGAGUCUUAAGCUACAAACGAGAGAGUGUGCUUUAUAACUCUUAGGUAAGUUAGUUGUUAUUUGCUAGGUAAGUUUUGAGGUUAUGAUUAAAAUACUUAUAUAACAACUGAAAAAGCAUUACGUUGAAUGCAAAGAAUUUAAUGCUUUGUUUCGAAUCAUAGAAGACAAAAUGUAGCGAAUAUCUGCCCUUCGCUCCUGGGUUUUAGGGCUCUUUAAAGUCAUUUUUCUAUGUUGUGAAAAUAUAAAUUAUGGGCUUCGCUGAGUAGUUAUGCAAGAAAAAUAUGUACGUGUACAAUGCAGUUGCAUUAAUAUUUUCAUACAACAUAAAACUGACAACCAUUAGCUUAUGACAAAUUUUACGUGGCAGCAUAAGAUACUAAACAUAACUGACCAAAGCUGUAGGGAUAUUUUGUUAGCAAAUUCAGAUCAGUGUCUCCUCGGUCCGUCUAAACUGAUUUCGUUGAAAUAUCGUAUUUCAGAAUUUUUCUUGACUGCAAGUAUUAAGAAGCACCCACUGUUGUUUAUAUUUUAGCUCUACUGUAAAAUAAACUUGCGAUUGUUUACAGUGGACAUUGAGGCAUUAGCCACGCCUUAUAUUUUUAAAGUUAAAACUGUACACUUUAAAUUCAACCUUCUGGGCUCAGGGGUCUCUCAGCGUUGCUAUACAGUUGUUUUAAUAAACGAAAAAAGUGUUUAAUGCAGCCGUGUCCCUGUGGGAAUAUUUUCCUAGUAGCCGGCAGCGAAUUAUUUCAAGUGGAACUUCAAGUCAGUAUAGGUUCUGUAAUUAAUUCUCUAUUUGUAAGGCCGGCGCCAUAACUACUCGGCAACCACUUGUCACAGCGUUGGCAUAUUACCUAUGGGUUUUAGAACAAUGCGUAACACCAAUGACCUUUGCUCCGAGUCAUUGAACAUUGAGCUGGGAUUUGUGAUUUUCGUUUCAAAUAUCGUAAACUACUUUUUAUUCCAGAGUGCAGAAAAUUUGAACUCUUAGACAGGGGACAAUACAUGUUAACAUUUUGAGACGUUGAUCAACCUGACAAAUUAAUUCAAGUUAGGCAAAUAAAAUGACAGGUUUCUACAGACCUCAGUUUAUUUAGGCGCAUUUCCCUAGAGAUGUCAGAAGUUCAUUUUGUUUUUUCUACAUGAAAGCUGACUAGAAAGGAAAAACGCGAAAACUUGUUCCUUAAUAGGUGUUUGCUUUUUCAUGAUUUUGUAAAAAAAAAAGUAAAGCAAGGAUGCUAUAAUAUAUGAGAAUCAUAGAUUAACAGUCCACACCGUAAUUUUUAGGGAGUUAUUAUAACUCCAAAAAUGGAGUAAAAAUUUUAGGUACAGUAUAACCCCUUUUUUGGGGUUAUUUUAACUCCUAAUUUAACUCCGAAUUUGGGGUCAUUUUUACUCCUGAAAAAGAGUUCUUUUUACUCCCAGUCUGGAGUUAAAAUUAAUCCGAAAUGGGAUUACUUGUACUCCUUACAUGGGUUGUUUUUACUCUUUUUGGAGUUAAUUUAACUCUGAAAGUGGACUAAAAAUUUUAGGUACAGGAUAACUCCUUUUUUGGGGUUAUUUUAACUCCUCAAUAUCUGGGGUCACUUUGCUCCUGAAAAAGAGUUCUUUAAACUCCUUUUUGGAUCGAAGUUAAAAUAACUCCACGAAAAAUAACUCCACUGUAAGGAGUUAAAUUAGCCCCACUAGAGGAGUUAUUAUAACUCCCUGAAAAUUACAGUGCACAUCUCUUUUGUUUGAUAGGAUGUCAACAAGAGCCGGGGAGCCAGCUAGGGAACCAAAGCUGAGCGCAACAAAAAUGGGAAAAAAGAGGACAGCUCUCACUGAAAAAGACAGCAUGAGGCUGCUCUUCAAAGACUGUGAAAUGCCUGAAGGGUUUCGUGAGCGCUUUAUUACGUCAGCAUACCGACGAGCUUAUAGUACACCUUGGGAGUGUGUUAAGAGUUUGUUCUACUUUAACAACGAAAGCUUUAACGUUUGGAGCCACAUUUUCACCACAGUUUUCUUUGUAAUACGCUAUUCUACGACUGCUCUCACCCAAACGCCUCAUCUCUUUGAUCCAUUUAAUUUGCCGCUUUUUGCUUCUGCUAUUGGAACGCUAAGUGUUUAUUCCACCAGCUCUAUGGCGCAUCUUUUCAACUCCAUAUCUGAGCGCGGUUACAGAAUCUGCUUUUUCUUUGACUACGCAGCCAUCAGCCUGUAUACUUUCACAUCAGCUCAGGCCAUGUUCUUUUACAAACACCAACUGGAUCAUCUUUGA